AUGAACGGCUCGGCGUCCAAAUGGAACGAACUUGCUGAGAAGCACCUGAAGUCCGCCUCAACCAGACCGCGACCAGAUGCCAUACACGAAAUUUGGACAGCCCUCGAGGCCGACAGCUUCUCAGACCGGGCGAUAGCAUACCUGGAGGAUCUCCGGAUCUUCGAGCACCUACUCUGGCCGACUUACAGCGACGAAGCCUCAAAUCAGCACGUCCUGCUGCUCGCGUUCGUUUCUCAUUCGAAACAGCGCAGUGGUCUGCCAUCGUGGACGCUCUAUGCCGACAGAACAGACGACUUCUCGAGUCUAUGCCGCCGCAUAUUGUCACUAAGUCUGGACACGUCGCUGUCCGUUGUCUCGCGACUGGCACUGCUCAACUUUGUCAUCAGCGCUUUCCAGUCUCUGGAACACGAUUUUGUGCGCAAGGAAUUCGCGCCGCUGGUGUCCAUUGCGACAUGGCACAAUCUACAUGACGAGGCUGCACGGAAUCGAGCUGUUGAGAAGACUUCAGCCAGAAAGAAGGCGUGGAAACUGGCACAGAAGCGAUUCGACGCCGCUAGUCCGCAGGAUCAAGCCAGAAUCAAAUUCGAAAGGUCAUGGCUUUACGCCACACUGUUGGACUUCCUGCAGCGGGCGGACUCCGACAAGUUCAGCACUUCCGACAUCACCUACGGCGAAAGAUUCCUGGAGCUUCUUUGUGAUCUGACGAGCCAACUCCCCACGAGACGCUAUACAAACACGCUCAUCAAAGACCUGAAUCUCCUACCGGUGCUGCGGCGAUCGGGCCUGUACGAGAGACCGAGUCAUGGCUCUAUACGCGCGCUGGCCUCCUUGUUCGAGCACUUCCAGGGCUUUGCUGUGGAUGAAGCCGACAUAUCAGAACCCUCCAGUCGAGCGAUGCUGUCCGCUCAUCAUGCAGCGCUGGCUGACUUGCAACGUAUUGCAUAUGAGCACUUCGAGUCAAAGCUGAAGGUAUUGGCUAUGUCCAAUUAUGGGUCAAUCGAUACGCCGGAGGAACUGCAGCAAAGUCUCGGUCCUUUGACCGAUGAGGAGCUGCAGAAGCUAUGCGGCUUGCUGGGCUUUAGAACAUCAUACCCAGCAGGUGUAUCAAUUCCUACUGGUCGUAGUCUGUGGCUGCAAAUCCUGCUCGACGCCUAUGCACGGCCCAAAGACAGCAGGCAAUUGAUGAACGCGCUAUGCGUUUCACCAACAGAAGCAACCUUGUACAAUAGCAACCUCCUGCAGCACGACACAUACGAUGGGACUCGUCCCCUGGAUCUGCCCAAGCUGAACUUGCAGUACUUAUCGCUGACAGAUUUCAUGUGGCGAUCGUUCCUGCUUCAUCAGGCUGAGAGCUUUCACGGUAUCAGGAAAGACCUCGAGAGCAUUGUGAAACGCAUGAAACCCAAGCUCGGCCAAAAAAGUGGCGACAUCCUCUUCGACGGCUUCUCCAAGAUGGCCAUGCCAAUCGAGAAACCUGCUAUUGUGGAGAUCAGCCCGCCGAAAGUUGGCUCGAAUCACCCAGGCCUUGUCAGAAGCGAAGUCAUCAUCGACGUCAGCAGACUCACAGAGUCAAUGCGAGCGGAAUGGGACAGCCUCAGGACUCACGACACUGUCUUCUUGAUGGCAGUCCGGCCCGCAGCCGAGUCUAACGGCGUCAAGGAUUCGAAAAAGGAGAAGAAUGCGCUUGGCAUCGAGCUCUUGCGGACGGCCGAGCUCGUGCAGAUACUAGAUGACGACAACAAGCCGAUUCGAGAAACUGCGAAUGGCUACGCCUCGCGGAGUCGACGACGACAUCUCUUACUUGAUAUCGAUCCCGUGGCGUUCCAAGCGGACAGAGAUGCUGGCAAAUCAGACAUCUACAACAACAUCAAUGUGAUAGCUCGAAGAAAAGGAAGAGAGAACAACUUCAAGCCUGUUCUUGAGACGAUUCAGAAGCUUGCAAAUGCACAGACCACUUUGCCGGACUGGCUACAAGAAGUCUUCCUUGGCUAUGGAGAUCCAACGAGCGCUACAUAUUCGCAGCUUGAGAGCAAGAUCCAAUCGAUCGACUAUCUUGACACCUUCCUCAAUUGGGAGCAUCUCAAAGAAAGCUUCGCGAAUCGCGAGCUGGCGGGCAGUGGCGAUGAGUCUCUUUUCAGCCCACCGUACGUUCUUGAAACAUUCGCAACGACGUCGUCAGAGCCCGCCUCGAAUCCAAAGAAGCGGAGAAGAGAUCAGAUUGAGGAGGACUCUGGAGAUAGUAGGGCGCCAGUUCGCGUGAAGACAUAUCAACCACCAAAUACGGGCCCAUAUCCAAUCGAUCAACCAAAGAAGAAUUCUGUGCGCUUUAUGCCCACGCAAGUGGAAGCAAUCGUUUCAGGGAGCCAGCCCGGCCUCACGGUUAUCGUCGGACCACCAGGGACUGGCAAGACCGACGUGGCUACCCAGAUCAUGAAUGUGCUCUACCACAACUUUCCAUCCGAGCGAAUUCUGCUCAUCGCACACAGCAAUCAAGCCCUCAAUCAGCUCUUCCAGAAGAUCACUGCCUUAGAUAUUGAUCCGCGCCACCUGCUCCGCCUGGGACACGGGGAAUCCGAGCUUGAGACCGAGGCAUCGUAUACCAAAGCUGGGCGCGUCGAAUCUCUGCUCGAGAACCGCCAGGUUCACCUACAAGAAGUCGCUCGUCUCGCUGCCUCCAUUCACGCGGAAGGCGCUCAUGGUAGUUCCUGCGAAACCGCCGACUACUUCAAUCAGGUCUUCGUAAAGCCCGCCUGGACUCAAUUCUGGGGGAACGCAAAUUCUGAGUCGUCCACUGCAAAGACCAUUGCCGCGGCCUUUCCCUUCCAUGCCUUCUUCAGCAAUGCACCCAUCCCUGCUCUCUUUCCAGAGUCAGCCUCGCGAGAAGAAGCUCUUUCUGUCGCCUCAGGCUGCGAGUAUCACCUGAAUAAGCUCUUCAUGGACCUAGAAGCAAUCCGGCCUUUCGAAAUCUUACGCCACCCACGCGAUCAAAACAAUCAUCUGCUGGUCAAAGAAGCGCGCAUCAUCGCUAUGACAUCCACACAUGCUGCCAUCAAUGCCACCGAGAUUGCAUCACUGGGCUUCCACUAUGAUACACUCAUCAUGGAAGAAGCAGCGCAAAUCACCGAGAUCGAGUCCUUCAUACCACUCGCGCUGCAGAAUCCCUCGCCCACCUCGGGUGCUCUCCCCCUAAAACGCCUGGUCCUGGUAGGCGACCACCUCCAAAACGACCCGAUCAUUCAAGACCUAGCCCUGAAACAGUACUCCAACUACAACCAGUCCCUCUUCCUCCGCCUCGUCCGCCUGGGGGUGCCCACAAUUACUCUCAAUGCCCAAGGUCGCUGCCGACCAUCUCUCGCCACACUCUUCCAGUUCCGCUACCCAACCCUCACAAAUCUGCCACUCACGUCUACGCAACCCGAGUUCCUCCACGCGAACGCGGGCUUACGCUACGACUACCAAUUCAUCGACACAUCCACCUCAGAGGGCGCCCUGGAACGAGAACCCACGCCGCACUUCAUUCAGAAUCUCCCCGAGGCCGAGUAUGCUGUUGCGCUGUAUCAAUACAUGCGUCUUCUGGGCUAUCCGGCGGGCUCUAUCAGCAUUCUCACCACGUAUGCUGGCCAACGCGCGCUGAUACGUGAUGUGCUGGAACAUAGAUGCAAGAACAACGCCCUCUUCCGCCUACCCAAAAUAGUCGCUACCGUCGAUAAGUACCAGGGCGAACAAAACGACUACGUCAUCCUAUCCCUUGUGCGUACCAAGGCGGUGGGAUACCUACGCGAUGUGAAACGCCUCACUGUUGCCCUCUCCAGAGCCCGCCUGGGCCUGUAUAUCUUGGGCAAUUGGGAUCUAUUCUCCUCGUGUCCGGAGAUGGCACCCGUGAUGGACCUACUCGGGAAACGGAGCAGAAAACUUUCUGUCGUGACAGGCGAGAUGUGGGGUCAAACCACCAGGGAGGCCUCUGCAGAAGUUGAAGCCACAGAAAUCGAGAAUCUGGAGCAUCUGGGGACAUACGUAUACCAGAUGACGGAAGCAAAAGUGAAGGCUUUGGGCGGAAGGGUUGCGAAUCAAGCUGCGGAGGACUCUGUGGCGAUUGUGGAGGAGAUUGAAGAUGAUGGUGAUGAGGACGACGGUGUUCAGGGAGAUAUGUGA